AGAUUGCUUCUUUUGUUUGACAAAGAUCAGAUCUCUUCAUCUCCUUCUUUCCACUCUCUCUUUCUUUCUUCUCAUAAACAAAAUAAAAAAAUCGACAGUCACUUACUCUAGUGAAAUUCUCAUCAAAAAUUUUGUUGUUAGAUUACCUCCACGCAAAAUCAGCGCUAGUGGCGUCGAGAGAGGAUAAAGAAGCAGCACGCAGCCACCGACACACAGAGAUUUUGGAGUUCUUAGCUGAAGUUUGAGGCCAUUUUUUGCAUUAAACAUUAUCCAAGUCAAAGUUGAAUCUCACUCUCCAGUUGCUUGUAUUCUCCCUCCUCCCUAUUCAUGGACAUCAAUGCUGAUUCCUUUAUCUCUGACAAAUCGGCGAAGAUCUUUGUAGCAGGCCAUCGAGGGUUAGUGGGAUCUGCCAUAGUUCGUAAGCUCCAAUCCCUUGGAUUCUCCAACCUCAUUCUCCGAACCCAUUCUGAACUCGAUCUCACCAUCCAAUCAGCCGUUGAUUCCUUUUUCGCUUCUGUGAAGCCUAAAUUUGUGAUCCUUGCUGCCGCAAAAGUUGGGGGUAUCCAUGCUAAUAAUACCUACCCUGCUGAUUUCAUCGUCAUUAACCUCCAGAUUCAAACUAAUGUUAUUCAUUCGUCCUUUAACCAUGGUGUUCAAAAGCUCCUCUUUCUUGGCUCCUCCUGCAUUUACCCUAAGUUUGCCCCUCAACCAAUCCCUGAAUCUGCUCUUUUAACUGGUCCUUUGGAGCCCACCAAUGAGUGGUAUGCCAUUGCUAAAAUAGCUGGAAUCAAAAUGUGCCAAGCUUAUCGCAUUCAACAUAAUUGGGAUGCAAUUUCUGGGAUGCCUACCAAUUUGUACGGCACCAAUGACAAUUUUCAUCCUGAGAAUUCCCAUGUUUUGCCUGCCUUGAUGCGGAGGUUCCACGAGGCGAAGGUAAGGAGGGAUAAAGAGGUUGUUGUGUGGGGGAGUGGGUCUCCUUUGAGGGAGUUCUUGCAUGUCGAUGAUCUUGCCGAUGCUGUGGUGUUUAUGAUGGAUAAGUAUAGUGGGUUGAGCCACUUGAAUGUUGGUAGUGGCAAGGAGGUGAGUAUUAAGGAGUUGGCUGAGCUUGUGAAGGAGGUAGUUGGGUUUGAAGGGGAACUUGUUUGGGAUAAGACUAAGCCUGAUGGCACCCCAAGGAAGCUUAUGGACAGCUCUAAGUUGAUGGAAUUGGGUUGGGAACCAAAAAUUUCACUUAAAGACGGUCUUGUAGAUACCUAUAAAUGGUACAUGGAGAAUUAUGCUGCCAAGCAAUGAGUGCUUGCGUACUCAGGUAGGAAAUACUCGGAAAACCGAAAGAUAAAGGCUAUGCACUCACAGUGUUUGUUGCUGUAUUCCUGCUAUCCGAACUUAUCAAUUGAUCGUCUUCAUAGGGAACGUGCAAUGUGAUGGCAGAUGGGGUGCCCCCAUGAGCCAACAUUUGGCCCUGUUAGUCUUUUCUUAUCAUGUAAAGGUUCUGCCUGCAUGAGGUGGUUGUUACUUUCUAGAAGGUAGUUGUUUUUCAACCUCAAUCUGAAGGUUCAGCUUCAAGGAGGUGGGAUUGUUGUGUUCAUGAAUAUUUUAUACUCCAUCUUUCCUGUAUAAGUCCUUACAAAUCAAGAAGUCACUAUUAUUCUACGAUUAUAUCUAUUGUAAUAGUUUUUCUUUCUCAUC